GUAACCUUUGAAAGGCGGCUUUUCUGAGUACUUUCCUGUUACUUUCUGAGAGUAGCAUAUUGAAGACUGUGUGACUAAGGUCGUGUUCGAAUCUGGCCUUUGGUUCCUUUUCGGAAGAUUCUCUUAACUUAUGGGAAAUGACUGACCUAGGUCAGUCUGCGCGGUCCGUCUUAAUACGCUGGGGAAUCUUAAUUUCUGAAACCUCCCUGCAUUCCGAUUUAGCGUCAAACACAAAUGUCUCACUCUGUUUCCUUUUCUUUUUCUGGAUAUGAUUGUAAGCCAGUCAUUUACCUUAUUAUGUCUUUUGAUCACAUCACCUAAACCUCUCAGGAUUUGCUCCCACAUAGUCUGUUUUGUGAAUCCGGAACAUGAUAAUGUUCAUCGUCAGUAUAUUAUAUUCUUGCCGAGACUCGUCUGUUGUGUACUAAUGCCAUGUGGCGGAUUCUUAAUCUAUUAUAGCAUUUAGUUAACAUAGGCUCACAUGUGAGUACUUUAUAUAAAUAUUUUUAUUAGCUAUGACGUAUGGAUAGUUCGAGGUAGAAAACUUAAUGAUUACUAACACUUAUAAAUUUUUUUAUAUAGACGAAGAUUAAGUGUAAAUGAAGUGCCCUCAGUACUCUUGGCUCUGUACAUCCUCAUAUCUCAAUGAGUACGAUCAGAGUUGUGGUAAACACUUAUGAACACAACAAAAAGACGUUGAUGAACACUUUACUUAGUGUGCUAAAUCCGUACUACUUUAGGGGGACACUGAGAUUUAUUUCUGUUAAACAAGGUGAUAAUGGAUUUCAUGUUAAUACCACGAGUGUCUGUAACCAAAUACUGGCUCACAAUUCGUCGUACGAAGUGUAUAACAGGGCGUGUGUUACAUUGUCGGACAUGACUGAAAAAAACUAAGUGAGGUUCUCAUUCCCGUUUAGUUGUUAAAGAAUCUCAAUACACAUAAUUGUAUCAAAAUCUGAGAGCGUACUAGUGUCUCGGUUUAUCUUUGUUUAAUCACCUAAAAGUAUGUAGAUACAAAUACGAAACUGAUAUUAUUUACUGUCACCGAAACCACUAUUAAGACCUCAAAUUCAUUCACCUUAGUCGAAUUCGUAUUUCUUGUGAAAGUACACCAUGGGGCUACUUUGACCAGCUAGUCAUUUAGUGACAAAAUCAGCACCCCCAAGGUGUGUUCAGUGAUUACUAAAUACUAUCAACAUAGUAGAAUGAUAAUUGUGUAUUAAAUCUUCAGUCAGAAGUCAUGUUCGAGGUACUACUACCGUUGGUAGUUGGAUUGAUAUGGGGAAGUACCAAUAUCUGUAUGAAGUAUAACUCGAACAAAAUGCUCAAACUUCUGGCGUUUUUUUUCUUGAAUCAAUCCGCCUCUAUUUUGUUGAUGUUUGGAUUCAGAUAUACACAAUUGUCAAGAGGUGUAGCGAUAGCAAACUCAACAGCUUUACUAGCGUCAGCACUUACAAGCUCAUGUGUUUACCAUGACAAAAUGAGAUUUGGCGGUUCUGUUGGAGUUGUGCUCAUAUGUGUUGGAACUGGUCUACUCAACAGCUGAUGAGUAUCAUAAAAUAAAUUUUGUGACACAUUUUCGGAAAAGUGAAAAAUUAUUUAUACACAUUUUUAAGCUAUAAUGAUAGUUGUGAAAAUAAGUGCAAGUCGUCAAAUUAACCACUGUAGUGUUGCCGUCCAUUAAAGUAACCAAAAAAAAAGUUCAGAGCAGAUAUGUGGUUAAGAAAUGAAGUAAACCAUUGUAAUCGUACGACUACUGUCGCACACAUAAAUCCGAGUCCCAUUAUCGUAACCAGCCAUGAUACGAGUAGGCAAACAGCAUUUGACUCAAAUGAAAAUUGAGGUACAUUAUCAUAGUCCGAAGGAAGAACGCGUAGUGGCACACGAGCUGUUUUUGAUUUCAAUCUUUCUUUAAUCUGUUGACAAUUUACUUUCGUGUUUAAAUGACGCAUAUCAACAUUCGAGCCCGUUUGUGCUAGUACCUCCAGAAGAACCCUUCCACGGUGUGGGUAACCGGGAGGUGAUAAACGCCCUCAUACAUCUAACAGCACUCAAGACUAAAGUGAACUAACACCAUAAGAACCUAUACUGAGUUAACAACACUGGAUUGAAGUCACUGGGGCAGAUAGCAUACAUAACAUUCAGUCUGUAAUUAGAAGUAUGGACUUACGCAUGUUUGACCAAAUGAAGUCAGCCAUCCCAUCCAAAUCGACAUCUGAACCGGAAUACUCAUUGAAGAUUUUCCCGUUAACGAUAAUCUUGAGUUUUGGGACAAACAACAUACGCAGACUCCAUUUGUGAACGAGAUAAUCAUCCACCUGGAUGCCGUAGACUGGAAGUUGGGGAUAUGCUCGAGCUAAGGCAUUUAUAUAAGGCAAUGAAGCUUCAGAAAAUCGACAAGUAGUAGAGAAAAUGAACAAGAUGUAGCAUUCAUGUAACCUCAGUUGGUCAGGAUGUUUAGCAUGGUUUCCAGGAUCCCACGUGAAUUGUGAGUUGGGCCAAGGGGAGUUGAAUAAAUCUGAUAGUUGUGCUUUAUGCAGAAAUUUAACAUUGCUAGAACUACCAUUUAUCCAGUUAAAUUUCAGGAGUUUGCAUUGUGGAAUAAUAUGGGAUCGUUCCGUCGUAGACCAUACAGAUUGGAGGAAACUAAUUUCUGUCAUGAAAAAGAAAGAAAAGAAUAGGUAAACUGUUUCUUGUCUUUUACAACCACAGCGUAAUACAAAGCUGAUUUGUGGGCACUCUGUCGCCAAAUAAUCCAUCAUAGCUAAUGAGAUUUUCAAAAUAAAUGAAGUGUUCAAUGUGCUCAACUGCUUCACUUCCUAUUGUGAUGUGUGCUACUGAUGUCGAUAGGUACAAGUAGUAUGUAUCAUCAGCCGAAACUGAAAUGCCUGGUGGCAGAAAAUUAAGAUCGAGAACAGAGAAUGUUUCCUGUGGAAAUGAAGGAACACUGAAGCCUGAGACGAUUGAUUGACAUUUCGCAAAUGAAAUAUUUACUGUAUGGUUUUCAGAUUUUACUAAGAGAUUCUGUAAUUUUGUGUUGAAAUAUAUUCGGUUGUCUGUGC